AGCGUUGUUGGUUACACUUGGUCGUUUGACUCACUCGAUGUGACCCUCAUCCUCAGCAGUGAUACCUGAGGAAUGCAUGAGUCUUACACAGAGUAAUUGUAAAGAAAUAACGAAUAAAGAGAAAGGGCGACAGCAGAGAAGAAGAAAUCGGGGAGGACAUAACGGUCCUAAAAUUUUAAGCAAAAAAUGUCUCGCACGUGCAUUCCUGUGGAAUGGGUGUGCGCGUUGGUCUCCAUUUGUUGUGUCUUGAAUUCUGUCACAGCAGCUGACAGGGGAUACGGCGCACAGUUUGGUGGCCAGGAUAACGCACGAGGCUGCACUGGACAGUGUACAUACGAGGGUACAACCUACAGAGGCGGGGAGAAGUUCUCCUAUACCAAGGGCUGUAUCAAAUACAACUGUGAGUGUCAGUGCAAUGGCUGGUAUGACUGUCCUCGGGAAAAUAACGAGGACAUCUGCCGGAACCGGAACACGGACCGGACCGGCCUGUCCUCCAGCCGGGGGUGUAGGGAGUGUAACGUCCACGGCGUCCUGUUCCCUAGUAACGCUCCCUUUAACUAUAACCGUGGGUGUACAGAACUGAGCCAGUGCCACUGUCACUGUGACGGGUCGUGGAAUUGUACCCAGGGCCGCGACAUCUGCCGUAACACUCGGAUCACCCAGCUCUCUAGCAGGGGCAGUAGCUCGUCGUACACCGGGGGCGGAUCUGCCUCUGGUAGUAGUGGCGGAUCUAGUUAUUCCAGUGGAUCAUCCGGAACCUCUCGCAGUGGCGCGUCUGGCUAUUCCAGCGGAUCAUCCGGUUCCGCUUCAUCCUCUUCCGUUUCCGGAGGUUCUUCUUCCAGCAGCAGUUCGGGGAGAAGAGGCGGCGGGGCAGGCAGUAGUUUUGGAAGCUCUGAUUCUAGGUGCAAACAGUGCUAUGUCACUGAUAGCAGAGUGGAAAACCCAAACACGUAUUUCAAAUAUCGAAAUGGGUGUGCUGAAUGGGACAGUUGUUUCUGUAAUUGCGAGGGUUACUGGAACUGUGACGCCAGCACGUACAAGAAAGUGUGUGAACAAGGCGGGGGCGGAGGUAUUGAUCUGAACGGGGGGUCGUGCACGCCUUGUGAUGUUUUUGGAAAGAUCCAGUUAGGAAACACAGACUUUGUGCAUAGAAACGGUUGCCACGAGUGGACAAACUGUCACUGCUCGUGUGGAGGUGCCUUCUCCUGUUCCGACAGCAGCUACAGAUGGGCAUGUGACAAUAUAUGUCGCGAGUGUAAUGUCGAUGGAAGGAAAUACCCGGGCAACACUGAGUUUACCCACACCAAAGACUGCAUAACAUACGAUCCCUGCCAGUGUCUCUGCAAUGGCUCUUGGUCGUGUCCUCCAGAGGCGGGAAAGUGGACAUGUACGGACCGAUGCCGUGAGUGCGAAGUGGACGGGAAUCGAUACCGGGGCAACACGGAGUUCCGGCACAGUGAAGGAUGCUGGGAGUGGGACAAGUGCCAAUGCCGCUGUAAUGGUUCCUGGAUGUGUCCCAAAGAGCAUGCAAGAUGGACCUGUUCCCAGCAGUGUCGAGACUGCGUGCUGAACGAUCAAACAUAUCCUGCAAAUUCACCUUUCACGUUCGAACGCGGGGAUUGCUACAGAUUUCACUGCCAGUGUAGCUGUAAUGGUUCCUAUGACUGUCCUGCGGAGAAAACAGAGAAUACCUGCUUGAUUGAUUCUAACACCGGCUGCUACCCCUGUGACGUUCACGGCAAGUCUUACAGCGGCCAGUCUGUCUUCAACCACACGGACGGCUGCAUGCAGUACCAAGACUGUGUCUGUAACUGUAACGGGUUCUGGGAAUGCCCCGGAUCUAAGGCCGUGGACACGUGUCACCCGAUCACUCCCGGAAGCUGCUACCAGUGUGACGUCAACGGGAACAAGGUGGCGGGCGGGACACACUUCAGUAUAGAGGACGGGGAAUGGCGGUUUGACUGUGAGUGUUACUGUAGCGGGAACUGGCACUGUGCGGCGGAGGCCACCUACACCGGAGGGUCCUCCCAUCAGCUGACCGGCCAAUGUAGAGACUGUUACUUCCUGGGACGGCGCCACACCAGUAGAACCACCUUCGACAGCCAGUGGGGCUGUAUCAAGUAUAAUUGUCAGUGCAAUUGCGACGGACAGGUGGAAUGUCCCGUGGAGCAGGCACAGAGCGUGUGUUCUCUAAACAAGCAUUACUUCCAGGAGUUUCAGUUGAAGUCUUUGAGUAGUGUACCAUCGAGUUACUGCUCGUCCUGUAAAAUAAACGAUCACUUCUUUCCUGGCAACUCUCAGUUUGAAUACAUUGACGGCUGCCAUCGACACAUGUUGAGGUGCUACUGUAACUCCGGAUAUAGAGUCGCCAAAAAGAUUAUUGACUCGUGCGUGGAUGGAAUUCUAUCGGGUACCAUAAAGUACUCUAAAACGUCGGCUGUGUUCCUCUCUGUAUCGCGACAAUGUGAUCGCAGAUGUAUCGUCAAUGGCGUCGAACACGCGCCAAGAUCCUCGUUUGAAAUAACGCUGGGGUGUUCGACAUAUCGCUGCCGGUGUGCGUGCACCGGACUUCCCGAGUGUCAAGCUCCCGUGGAUACGUCGUGCAAUCUACAGAUCCAUGUCAUCAGCAGCUCACGGAUAAGUGGCGGAUCUAGCAGUUCAUCUCUUGUCAGUGGAGGAAACGCCCACACCGUUGUUGGUGGCGGAAGCCAUUCGAGUGGAAGAGUAAUAUCCGGCGGAAGUCAGUCAGGUGGCAGCAUCGUGACAGGUGGAAGCAGGAGAGUCAUCACUGAGCGUACUCACUCUUCAGGUGGAGGUGUUGUUGGUGGGGGAACUCAUUCCUCGUCAACGAGAGUGAUCACUGGCGGAUCAAGAGUUGUCAAUGGCGGAUCAAGAGUUGUCACUGGCGGAUCUCGCGUCGUCAGUGGUGGAUCAAGAGUAGUCACAAGUGGAUCUCGAGUUGUCAAUGGCGGUUCAACGGUAGUUUCUGGAGGCGGGGGCAGUUCGAGAGUCAUUGAGAGAAGAAUUGUGUCCACGGGAGGCGGGGGCGGACACUCAGUGGUCGGGGGAGGAUCAACGUCCGUCGUCGUCAGUGCAGGAGGGUCUUCAAACAACUGUCAUUACUGUGUUGUCGAAGGCAAACGGUACCACGGCAUGGCUGUAUUUGACUACAAGCGUGGGUGCGUUCGAUACCGCUGUCAGUGCGACUGUAGGGGCUACGCUAUAUGUAGGGCAGUCAGCAUCAACGAAUGUUUGGCUUCAGCACAGCAGUGUAAACCGUGCUAUGUAGAGAACAAACGACAUGAACCAAACUCUCGAUUUACUUAUGAUAAGGAUUGUCUAAGAACUUCGUGUAGGUGUGAAUGUGACGGCAUGGCGACCUGCGUCCGGACAGAAAUACCCGGAUGUACACACCACGAUGGCUGCAAGCAGUGCGUUUAUAACGGUGUGACUAGGGAUCCAAACACACAGUUUCACAUUGACAGGACUUGUGAGAGAACCGUUUGUCAGUGUGAUUGUACUGGGCACGUGACAUGUUCCUCCCCCGUCCGCACAUGCGCAGCACCAGAAACAUGUGGUGGCUGCACUGUCCAGGGUCACUAUAGGCCCGCGAAGUCAGAAUUUACUCUGACCCAGGGAGAUUGGAGAAUGCCAUGCACCUGCCAGUGUGACAAUCACUACACGUGUGAUCGUGCCAAAGCGGAGUACAUUGGUGAUGAGCCAGACGACUCUCAUUCUCACCAGACGUGCAGAUCGUGCAGUGUAGAUGGCAAAGUUCAUCCGACCAAGUCAAAAUUCUUCCGAGAGCAAGGGUGUAUUAGAUACAGGUGCCAGUGUUUCUGUGACGGUAACCAUGAAUGUGUGAGUACCGGGACCAAUAUCUGCUCCAGACCGACCACCCCAGCCCCGGUGGUUAAUCCUCACCGUCACUGUAAACCGUGCAGGGUAGGCAGCAAGGAGUACCCGUCCGAGCAGACGUUCAACAUAGACCGCAGCUGUAAGCGCUACAACUGUGAAUGCUACUGUAGCGGCAGAUACGGGUGUCGAGAUUCAGGGGAGAAUAUCUGUCACAAUCACCCUAACCCCACCACACCCGCUCCAAGGCCACAACCCACGUGCACUAAAUGUCACGUGCAAGGAAAGGACUAUUCCCCAAACACAAAAUUUACUAUCGUUAACGAUGAGUGUCACGUGCUUCACUGUAAGUGUUCCUGUGAUGGGAGUCACAACUGUGACCAAGAGGUGACCAAUGUCUGCCGUGACCGGCCAAACCAAUGCUCUACCUGUACCCACGACGGCACCACACACAGGCAUGGUGAACGCUAUAAGCGGGUGGAGAACUGUGUUGAGUACGACUGUGAAUGUCAGUGCAACGGAAGUCCUCGGUGCAGCGCCACCCGGCGAGUGUGUGAAGUCACGCCUCAGUGUAGACCGUGCACGGCGCCUAAUGGACAACAAUAUCAACCCAACACCCAGUUUGUAUAUGACAAAGACUGUCAUAGGUACACCUGCGAGUGCGCAUGUAACGGAAACUACACAUGUCCCCCAGAGAACACAGGACGAAUCUGCCCGGAACCGACGACAGCGCCACCUGUGUGCAGACAAUGCACGGACCCCAACGGACGUCGUCAUCGGGCGAACAGGCGUUUUACGUAUGACAAAGAUUGCCACCGGUUCACGUGUCACUGCGCGUGUGAUGGAAAGUACAACUGUCCCUCGGAACACACGCGUAAGAUCUGUACUGAGGAUGGGGGCCAUGGGCAGUGUACGCCAUGCACGGACCCGACAGGGAGGCAGCAUCGGGCUGGUCCAUUCUUAUAUGACAAGGACUGUCACCGGUACACUUGCACCUGUAAUUGCAACGGCCAUUACGACUGCCCGCCUGAUCAGGCUGUUAACUUUUGCAAUAGAGGUCAAGGUGGUUCCUCGCAUCAUAGUUCAUCAAGUGGUGGAAGUACAACCCAUGUAAGUGGGUCACACGGCAGUGGCUCCUCUGUCACCACUGGUCACACGCACAUUGGCGGUUCCACCACCAGCUACUUAUACAGGUACGGCUACUCGACCUCCCACCGCUAUGGCGACACUGGCUGUUUCUACUGUGUCGCUGGAGGAGCUAAUAGGACGCCAAACGCAGCAUUUCUGUUUGACGACGAUUGUUACAGAUUCUCUUGUAUGUGCGCUUGCAAUGGAAGUUGGGAAUGCCCCGCCUCACAAACACAAGAAAUAUGUAAAACACAUACAAACAGUCAAGGUUCCUCUGGAUCCAGCAGUAGUCACGGAGGUUCAGGUAGCAGCGGUAGUCAUACACACACUAGUGGGUCCUCAACUAGCUACCGAUACGGCUACUCGACCUCCCAUCGCUAUGGUGACACUGGCUGUUUCUACUGUGUCGCUGGAGGAGCUAACAGAAACCCGAACGAAAGAUUUCAGUUUGAUGAUGAUUGUUACCGGUUCUCUUGUGUCUGUUCUUGUAAUGGAAGUUGGGAAUGUCCCGCUUCGCAAACACAGGAAAUAUGCAAAACACAUACCAACAGUCAAGGUUCCUCUGGAUCAAGUAUAACCCACGUACAUAGUGGCGGUUCAUCUAGCAGCAGUGGUAGUGUACACAGCAGUAGCUCCGCUGGUAGCAGCGGUCUCACCCAAAGUGGUGGUUCAUCCAGCAGCUACCGUUAUGGUUACUCAACCUCCCAUCGCUAUGGCAAUACUGGCUGCUUCUAUUGUGUUGCAGGAGGAGCGAACAGGGCGCCAAAUGAACGGUUCCAGUUCGAUGAUGAUUGCUACCGGUUCUCUUGUGUCUGCGCUUGCAACGGAAGUUGGGAAUGCCCCGCUUCGCAAACACAAGAAAUAUGCAAAACGCAUACCAACAGUCAAGGUUCCUCUGGAUCAAGCAUAACACAAGUACAUAGUGGCGGUUCGUCUAGCAGCAGUGGUAGUGUCCACAGCAGUAGCUCCGCUGGUAGCAGCGGUCUCACCCAAAGUGGUGGUUCAUCCAGCAGCUACCGUUAUGGUUACUCAACCUCCCAUCGCUAUGGCAAUACUGGCUGCUUCUAUUGUGUUGCAGGAGGAGCGAACAGGGCGCCAAAUGAGCGGUUCCAGUUCGAUGAUGAUUGCUACCGGUUCUCUUGUGUCUGCGCUUGCAACGGAAGUUGGGAGUGUCCUGCCUCACAAACACAGGAAAUAUGCCAAACACAUGGAAACAGCCACGGUUCCUCUGGAUCUUCUGGACAAGGAGGCACGUGCAGGCAGUGCACGGCUUACGGCAACAAUUACGCAGGAAACUCGCAUUUCCAAUACGACAGAGACUGUUUUAGGUUUAAUUGCGAUUGCUACUGUAACGGAUCGUGGAACUGCCCAGCCGAGCGAACCGAGAACCUGUGUACACCAGAGAGGGGCCAUUGUAGGAAGUGCAACGUCCAGGGAUACGACAGGGAACCAAACUCACGAUUCCAGUUCGACAAGAACUGUUUCCGGUACGACUGCGACUGCUACUGUAAUGGGUCGUAUAACUGCCCUGCAGAGAGAACGAGAGAAAUACCCGGAUGUGGAAGCCAUCGUUCUCGCCAAGGCACCGAGCCCUGCAAGAACUGUAUGGUGAAUGAAGAGAGCCAUGAACCUUACUCCGAUUUUAGCUACACUGAGGGAUGCCUGAAACACAAGUGUCAUUGUCAUUGCAACGGAACCUAUAGCUGUCCAGCAGAGAACGCCGAGAAUAUUUGUCCCGAGGGUAAGAACUGCACCGACUGUGUUCUCAAGGGCAAUUCUUACCGAGCUGGCGCGAAGUUCCAGUACAUCGAGGGGUGCGCCCAGUAUGAUUGCGACUGCUUCUGUGACGGAAGUUUCCACUGCCCGCCGAGUCGUACAGUCGACGUCUGCAGGGACAAACCAAACCCCUGCACCCAGUGCGAGUACGGUGGAAUGAAAUAUCCUGGAAACGCCAAAUUUGUGGUCAAAGAAAAAUGUUCCCAGGUGGAGUGCUUCUGUGACUGCCAGGGAAAGAUUACCUGUAAAGGUGCAAUUAACACCUGUGCAGACCGCGGGGAUCUGGGUUAGAAAACAAAAUGAUGCCCAGGGUAGACGGAAAAUAAACAAUACUCAAUAAGAUAUAUCUAUUUUUAAUGUAAUAUAUUUUAUAAAUUUAGUGAAGAAAUGCCAAACAAUAACAUUUAUUUUUGUACUGGAAUUGGUGUGAAAAUUUGAUUGUAUAUUGGACCGAUAUACAUGUUAUAUUAAAAUUCAUCGUGUUCUUGAGAAACUUUUCAAAAGCUUAUUUCUUACGCUCUUGAUUAAUCAUGUUUGCGGUGUGUAAAAGAAUUAUAUUUCUGUGCAUUAGAUUUUGUUCAUAGCUCAUAAAAUCCUCUAUCGUAUUAAAAUGUUGCAUACAAAUCAGGUUAACGAAUUUAUUUACAGCCAAUAAAUGUUCGUUUUAACACU